AUGUUUGUCUUGAACACAGACAGGUUACGAAGACGACUAAGCGUGCCUACUUCUGGAUCGGCAAGGAGGAGAGCACGAGAGCGAAGGCGGGCCAAGCAAACGCGUAUUGAGGGCGAGCAGCUGGCGCGCGAGCGUCGCGAACUGCGGCUAAAAGAGAAGAUUGAACUACAGCGGAAGGCUCGCGAAGAACUGGCGACAUAUGAGCCGUGGGGCCGCGCGGGCGGUGGCGCGCCCAACCCACACGGUAAUCGAUUUACCGACUUGCGAUCACGCGGCAUAUAUCCUGAAGACGAGUUAAAGGGUAUAUCAACGCAUGAAGUAUGGCAUCACUGGUCGACACCGAAAAGACGUCAGACGCGCAAGCUAUUACGACUACGUGAAGAUCCUCAAUUGAUCUUUGCAGAACAGUUACGACGUGCCGUUGAUAACGACAUAAGAUACAAACAGAUUAAAGAUCAGCAGAAAAUAUAUAAGGAUAUUUUAGAUGAUAUGGUUGUUAAAAAGAACAAAGCUAUUAGAGACGAAAUGAAACACAAUUUGGAGUAUGAGCGUAAAAUGCACACUAUGGACGGCCCUUGGGGCAAACCUGGACCCGGAGGUGCAAUUUGGAGAAAUCCCCGAAGUAUAGGAUUAAAUUUCUCUAAGUCUAUGGGAUGGACAAAUAAUGAAAUUUUCAAUAAACUGAAAGGGGAACACUGUAACUACAAGAGAUCUUCGCUUACUUUACCAAAAGUAAAGAGAGAUGAUGAUUUGAAAGAUCACAAUUUAGUUAAUAAAGAAAAUACUAAAUCAUCAAGUGUUGAAAAGUUGCCCGAAAUUACGAAACAAAUAAAUCCAAAUAUUAGUUGUAGAGACAAAGGGAAAAUAUCUGGAAGUGAUGAUGUCUUAAGGGAAUCAAAUGACACCAACAUGAAAAACGGCAAAUCCAAAAAGAGUCCCAGAAAAACUCAGUCUGUUAAACGAUUGUGUAAUGGAGAGCAACUAACGAAACUUAACAUGGACGAUCAAGCUAUCACGACGAGUUCUAAUAAUACAAUAGAAACGAAACUAACCCCGGAGGGUACAAUACUCAGAUUGACAGGAGGCAUAGAGCUUGUACCUCUUUUAGCUCGACGCAGACGUACUGGCGCGCGCACUUUACAUUCUAGUGAUGUCACACGACCUCCAGAACAGUCUUGCCAAUGGCGCGAAUUGCUUGACGUGGAUUAUUUGAGACAGUUAAAACAUCAAAUGCGGGUGAAAUGUGAGCAGAAAGAGGAGAAGCGACUAGCUUCAGCCGAGAGUGAAAGAAGACAUCACGCUACAUGGUCAUCUCUAUGGGGCCGGCCGGGACACGGAGCACCGCAGCUGCGUGGUCGUUAUGCCAGGAAUAACCUCGCGCAGUUAUUAUAUUUUCCAGUUCUAACCAAUACAUAG